UACUACUCCUGCUGUCCACUGUCUGUCAUGCCCUGCGUAUUAAAUGUUCCUCCUGAUUGAUGUUAUUUUGUAAGUGGUUUAUAAAUAGGGUCACCAUUAUUGCUUAAAAACGAGACGGCAUAUGAUCGAUACAUAUUGGAUUUAUCGUCGCUAAAUUGGAAUUAACAUUCGCUUCUUGCAGCGUAGACAUCGUUUCAAAAAACCAUCGGCCAUUGAAAUGUUUUGAGAAAACGUCUUGAAACAUAUUGAGCCUCUAAAUAGUGGCAUAAGCUCGAGCAGCAUUGCCAUGCACACGAGACUUACGGUUUGCAGAGAUAAUUGCCUUCGAAAGGUGAGCUACGAGUGAAGCAAUGGGUACGACACCAAGUCGAUACGAGGACCUCUCCAAAAACAAAUUCCUCAUUAAAUUUUCUGGAAAAGAAUCUAUUUCCCCGAGUGAUCAAUUCUGGAAUAGAUUUUUAUCAUACAACAUCCGUCCCCCGGUGACAAGAAAUGAUCAAAUUGAACUCGAUUCAAGGCUGGACACAACGUGUCAGCAGUUACUUGCCAAUAACCUCAACACAGGAAACUUUGGCAGUCUCAUACAAGUAUUUUUACAACGAACUACGGAAUUGCUUGCUGCUUCUCAGGACCAAAAUAUAAUGUUUGCUUGGCAAACGUACAAUGCACUCUUUGCAAUACGAUGUGUACUAAAAUAUUUAUUGGAAACGGUUGGAGAGGAGGAAAUGAUUCGGCAUGUCGAAUCUAUGCCGCAGCGGACUAAUGCACCUGAAAGUUCAGUUUCUAGGCUUGAAUCGUUCUUCGAGGCCUUGGUAGAAACUAUUAUCGAUGUACCCUUAUCGGAAUUUACGUAUGUCGUACACCUAGAAGCAGUAAAUUGCUUGCUAGUAUUACUAUCUGUACAGUUAUUUUCCCAAACUCCAGCAGAAUACAGUAGUGUAUACAAAAUAGCUAUGCAUGAGGAUCAAAGCGCGCAUGCUUCAAUAAUGGUCUAUACUCUUUUGCAUAAUUUUGUUCGACAAGAUCAUGCACCUCCUGGUUUGCUUACACAGCAAAAUGGAGGAGGAUUAGUCCUAAGUAUUGCAGGUGUAGUAAGAAAACACAUUUUAGCUGGCUUAUGGAAUGUUAUCACAAUGGGCAUGGCAAAAAAUUCAAAAAACGUACAAGUUUCGAAUGUUGGUACGACGGAGGAUGAGGAACGACAACGUGAUACAGAAACUCCACUUGCUAGUCAAUCGCUUCUGUUACUGUUGGUUCUCACAAACCACUGUACGGCAACUCAUAAUCCAUACAGAGAUGCAUUAUAUACUUUCACAGACUCUCAAGUAGAUGACUGUACUGUGACACCGGCGAAAGCAGCAAUGUCCUUUAAAUUUAAUCUAGAUGAGUUGUAUACUACUAUUUGCAAAGUUCCGAAUACGGAUGAAACAACGUUGCUACUUUACAUGUUGUUGCAUCGAAAUCCAACAGUUAAAGCAUAUAUUAUGAAAAGGGCAGACAUACAGUUACUGGUGAUACCGAUACUACAAAUAUUGUAUCAUGCCCCUGAUAACACAUCUCAUCACAUAUACAUGUCCUUAAUAAUUUUGCUAAUACUCAGCGAAGAUGAUACAUUUAACAAAAACGUACAUGAAAUUAUGUUGAGAGGUGUGACGUGGUAUACGGAGCGAUCUAUAAGUGAAAUUUCACUAGGAGGAUUGUUGGUUCUAGUAGUCAUUCGAACCAUACAAUACAAUAUGCUGAAAAUGAGAGACAAAUAUCUUCAUACUAAUUGUUUGGCGGCUUUGGCCAACAUGUCAGCUCAGUUCAGGUCCUUGCAUCCGUAUGUUAGUCAGAGGUUAUUAAGCUUAUUCGAAACACUGGCAAAAAAAUAUGCAAGACUGGAAUCAAAUAUACAUAUGCAAUCGGGAAAUGCUGACAGCGCUGUUGUGAACGUGAAUGGAAAUGUAGUCAGUUCGGACAUGAUUCAAGACUUGACAGUUCUUGAAGAAGUACUGAGAAUGGUGUUAGAAAUUAUAAACAGUUGUUUAACGUACCAGCUUUCUCACAAUCCUAAUGUCGUCUAUACUCUUCUUUACAAAAAGGAUGUAUUUCAACCUUUCCGAAUGCAUUCAGCCUUUCAAGAUAUCGUUCAAAAUAUAGACUCUGUGAUCAACUUUUUCUCUUACAAAUUAGAACAAAGAGAUCAGUCGCAUAUUGGCGUUAGUCAGGUGUUAGCAACCAUAGAACAAGGGGCUACUCAAUGGCCGAAAGACCGAAUGAGGAAAUUUCCGGAAUUGAAGUUUAAGUACGUGGAAGAGGAACAACCAGAAGAAUUUUUCAUUCCGUACGUGUGGAGUGUUGUUUGCCAAGGAGCGUUACUGCAUUGGACUGCCGAAAGUAUUAAAUUAUUUUCAUCCAACAGCAGCGAACAGACGACAAUCGUCGUUUGCUGAUCCUUACACACGGUUUUUUUUUAUGUGCUACUACUGUUAUGAGAGAUCAUGAGCGCUAAUAGUACAAUAUGGAAAAGUGUAUUGGAUACCAAAUACGUCGGAAUACUACGAAGGAAUAUACUUUAUAGGGUCAGUAGCUAGUAAUAUGUAUACUUGAAAACUUAUCCGCUUGAAGGUUUUAUAUUUGAACAUUGAAGACGAUCAAGUGCUUGUAUUGAAAUAUAUCUAUCGAUAUUGAUAAGUAUAUUCGAAGGAAUAAUUUCAUUGAAAUGUGUCUAGAAAUAAUUCUAAAACCACUGUAAAAUCUCGCAAUCCAGCACUUUUUCGUUACGUUUUUGAUAUUAAUCUCUUUCAGUUUUUCAAAGCCUUCAUUUAUCGAUUUACCAUUUCCCAUUACACUUUAAUUUAUCUCGGAUAAACGCAUUCCUUACAGUUCGGACUUAUACUUUGAACAAAAUGCAAAUUUACGAAGUACAUCUGACCAUUGACUCGCAUUAUGGCAUUUGACGUAUCAUCAUAAUUUGUAUUCAUGUGUUCAUAUUCUGAGGCGUUAAAAUGGAAAUUAGAAUCAUGCGAAAUUUGUUCCAAAUAUCCGAUGCAAAAUUAAAUUCUUUGUUGAAGUACAGUGAUACUUGAAUACGAAACACAUCAUUAUGUGAUAAGUGAAUAGAUGGUGAAGGAACGGAUGUGAUUUUUCUCUAUUCCUAGAGAUACUGUCUACUGAAAUUGGUUUUUUCUAUCGUCGGUUGCUUUAAUAUCCAUUAGUAUCGCACAAUUGAAUCAAAAUAUUCGAUGGUAACGUGAAGGUCUAAUUCGAGUUUAGAAGUUUUGUAUAUUUUUUUGAUUAGUGGAUAUUUUUUUAACUGUAAAUCCUGUAAUUAAUUAUCGUAAGUAAAACCUGAGAGUAAAUAAAUAUCAGUUGUCACGUCAGAAUAACAAUUUAAUGACACAUUGGAGUAAACAGCUAUUAAUUUAUAGAAAAGCCAUCGCGUGUGAUAUCUCAACUCCGUCGUAGCCAAUUAGACACACGUAAUUAUAACGUGCAUUUUUUACUUUCUAGCAUCUAAUAUGGUACACAAAUUUCACAGGAUUGCUCCACACUGGUACUCGGAGAUCCCUACAUUAAUCCUGAUAUCUUCCUGAAUCAUUCAUAUCCAAUCAUCCUGUGGCAGUCAGUAAUAAAUUUACACAUUGUGAUUCACACAGCUUUUACCCUGCGAAAUGUGACCAUGGCAAAAAAGGUUCGUAUAAAUAUCAGCAUCUAAGAUGGCAACUGCCUAUUUGAUAAUUAUUAACGUCAUCUUUCAAACUAUUGGAGACACAGAUUCCUAUCACUUAUGAAUCACUAACCAGCAAAUGAAUCAUCAAAUAAAUUUCAUAAUGAUGCUUUGUGAUUCAUUCAAAAUGUACAAUGAUAAGUCAAUGGUCAAUUCUGCAUUUUUUGCAAAAGUAUCGAUAAGAAUAAAAAAGAUAAUGUUCCAUUAUCUAAAUAUUCAAGCAGUUCUUGGUGUAAAAUUUCAUUCGAGUAAAGAUUAUCAAAGAUAUUACGUCAA